AAAACAUAGCUUGUCAGUUUAAAUAAUCCUUAAUUGAGUAAUUGAUAGGUUUACAAGUAGAUACGCUACAAGAUGAAUUUUGCAACGAUCUGCAUCUAAUCAUCGUUAAUUAACUAUUAUACUACAGAGAAAUAAUGCACGAGUUGGAUAACCAAGUUAUUCCGUAUGCGAGACUGAAAGAUAUUGUAAACUAUCUAGAAAGAGAAUUGGGCAGAACAUCGAUCCUAGUUCAACGAUUAAAAUCCCUCUAAGAAGUGAAAAAGAAGGGCAGUCCACCUCAAACGCCAAAGUCUACAACGACCAAUAUGUUAACGUUAGGUCAGCAGAAGUGCCUGUGUUCAGCACGAGAAAAGACCUGGAAAUAAUCCCGCCACUACCUGAAUUAGGCAGCACUGAGCCCCUUGAAAACAUCAUAGCUGACCUGAAUAUUUACGACAGGACCCCUAAACUUCGUCUACCUAACGGAGUAAGACUAUCUUUCAACGAUAUUUUGACCUUGGCUGGCAACUUCUAUGGAAUAGAAGAUUCUAUCUGUGACCCUGCAGGUAAUCCUGCUGAUAAGUUUAUCAGAGCUUUCAAUGAUUUAGCUCUACAGGACCCAGAUGUGCUUCAGCCCCAGGUCGACCAACUGAUGGCGUUAAUGAGAAUUGAGAGGAAUUCAGUGGAGUCGGUACUAGGAAAUGAAAUUGGGGACCCAUCCAUUCCAACGGUUCUGGAUGAUGAUUUGACAUAUAACGAGCCCUCUGAUAUGUACAAGAGACACGGUUUAUGGUUCACGAAACAGUACGAUGCGAUUCUCGGAGGGAAAUGGGGGAAAAAAGAUGGAAAGGUUCUUAAAAUGGGGCGGCAUAACUUUGACCACUAUCAACCCUAUAGUCUGGAAGUAUGGAGAAUUGGCCACGAAUUAGCACUUGCUAGGGCAAAAGAAGCAGGAAUUGUCUACAGAACACCUGGAAGUGGCAAAAUUGAAUUAGGAUUCGCAAUGUUGGAGGAAGCGUACUCAAUGUCAGCAUAUUCUUGUAACUAUCUCGAGCAAAGCUUUACUGCUGGCCACAUAAGAGUUCCAGUUAAAAAACUAAGAUCAGACGUUGGUGGUUUUAACGGUUACAAACUGGGAUAUUACAAUUUCGCUGAGGACGACAAAUUUGGCUUGAACGUCAUGAACAAGCUGAACGAUCGCUGGACGUGCUGGGGCCAGAAACGAUUCUACGACACAUUCAACAGUGGACACCGAGAGAAAGUAGUUAAAGUUCUGCAGGACGUCGUGGCUCAAAUAUUCACAGCGUUUGGAGACCAAGCUUACGAAGGUGACUACGGGGCAAUUCUGAACCAAGUUCCAGAACCAGAUACCAGGAUGGCGAACAAUUACCCACUUUUCAGGGUAGCUGACGAUGGAAGACUUCUCAGACGGUGUAAUUUCGACGAUCUCUCGUGUGCCUCUACAUAUGACAACUGGUGGGGAGGGACCACUGUUGGUAUGGUCAAAAAAUACAAUCCCAGAAACUCCGUGAUUCGUCCACCACGUGUGACAGCGGAGGAUACCGGGGAUACUGUCCAACAAUAGUCACAAUCACAGAGCACACUUAAUCCCUAAUUCCCGCUCAAUAAACUGUUGAUAAUUCUGAGGAUGAUUUUAGAGAAGAUACCUAUUGGUUUCCGAACUGCAGUCGAUUCAGCCUUAUUAUGAUCACAAUAUGAUUUUAAUUGACACCCUGGAUAGAUUGUAGACAUUUUUUACUUUUUGACACUAUGUAAUCUUGUUGAUGAAAAUUUUCGAGAAAUUCUUUUGAUGUAUAGUAGCACUUAAUGUGAAUAAUUUGCAACAUUUAUGGUUCAAUAUAACAAUGAUUUAUUCAAAGAAAAAAGUACGGAUAUGAAAUUAUUGAGCACAAUUUCGAGUAACAUAAUGCACUAGCCACUAACCUGUAUAUUUUAAAAUAGUUAUCCAUCAUGAGUGGUAACAACUUCUAGCUUGUAUCUAGAACCUUCAUCUUCCCGACAGAUGACAUCUGAAAUUGUUUCACAUUGCAAGAACAGAAAAGUUUUACAACAAGGAAUAAGUUAACUAAACUUUAUAUAAAAUUUAACAAAACUGCUGGAAUAUCGCAUUUGAAUUAGUUAAUUCCGCACAAAAUUAAUCAAUCAUUCGAAAUACAAACCUCAAGAAUGCUAAUCGCUUGGUCUGGUCAUGGCCCCAUUAAGUAAAGACUGUAA